AUGGAGGAGCACGGAGUGACCCAAACGGAACACAUGGCUACCAUAGAAGCCCACGCAGUUGCCCAACAAGUACAGCAGGUCCAUGUGGCUACCUACACCGAACACAGUAUGCUGAGUGCUGAUGAAGACUCGCCUUCCUCUCCAGAGGACACCUCUUACGAUGAUUCCGACAUACUCAAUUCCACAGCUGCCGACGAGGUAACAGCCCAUCUGGCUGCUGCAGGUCCUGUGGGAAUGGCUGCUGCCGCCGCCGUGGCAACAGGAAAGAAGCGGAAACGGCCUCAUGUGUUCGAGUCCAAUCCAUCGAUCCGGAAGAGACAGCAAACACGUUUGCUUCGGAAACUUCGAGCCACAUUAGAUGAAUAUACUACCCGAGUGGGACAGCAAGCUAUUGUCCUCUGUAUCUCACCCUCCAAACCCAACCCGGUCUUUAAAGUAUUUGGUGCAGCACCACUGGAGAAUGUGGUGCGUAAGUACAAGAGCAUGAUCCUGGAAGACCUGGAGUCCGCCCUAGCGGAACACGCCCCUGUGCCACAGGAAGUUAACUCAGAGUUGCCGCCUCUCACCAUUGAUGGAAUUCCAGUCUCUGUGGAUAAAAUGACCCAGGCGCAGCUUCGGGCAUUUAUUCCGGAGAUGCUCAAGUACUCUACAGGUCGGGGGAAACCAGGCUGGGGCAAGGAGAGCUGCAAGCCCAUCUGGUGGCCUGAAGACAUCCCGUGGGCGAACGUCCGGAGCGAUGUCCGCACAGAAGAGCAAAAGCAGAGGGUUUCAUGGACCCAAGCACUACGGACCAUAGUUAAAAACUGUUAUAAACAACACGGGCGGGAGGACCUUUUGUAUGCUUUUGAAGAUCAGCAAACACAAACACAGGCCACAACCACACACAGUAUAGCCCAUCUCGUUCCAUCACAGACCGUAGUCCAGACCUUUAGUAACCCUGAUGGCACUGUCUCACUUAUCCAGGUUGGUACAGGGGCAACAGUAGCCACAUUGGCUGAUGCUUCAGAAUUGCCAACCACAGUCACUGUUGCCCAAGUGAAUUAUUCUGCUGUGGCAGAUGGAGAGGUGGAACAAAACUGGGCCACGUUACAAGGAGGCGAGAUGACCAUCCAGACGACGCAAGCUUCGGAGGCCACGCAGGCAGUGGCAUCAUUGGCAGAGGCCGCGGUGGCAGCUUCUCAGGAGAUGCAGCAGGGAGCCACAGUCACCAUGGCACUCAACAGUGAGGCCGCCGCCCAUGCUGUCGCCACGCUGGCCGAAGCCACCUUGCAAGGCGGGGGGCAGAUUGUCCUGUCUGGGGAAACCGCAGCAGCCGUUGGAGCACUUACUGGCGUCCAAGAUGCUAAUGGAUUGGUCCAGAUCCCUGUGAGCAUGUACCAGACUGUGGUGACCAGCCUCGCCCAAGGCAACGGGCCGGUGCAGGUGGCCAUGGCCCCCGUGACCACCAGGAUCGCGGAUAGCACAGUCACCAUGGACGGCCAGGCUGUGGAAGUGGUGACGUUGGAACAGUGA